AUGCUGAAGUUCCUGUCAAGAGUGAAAAUCGAGUUCAACGCAUUGGAUCCACGAACCGCAUCAUGUAUGGAAUUUCUCGCUCAAUGCAACUCCCGAAAAGCCAAAGAAUCAAACCCCGCUUGCGAAGUUGAGGUCAAGCGUAAAAACGUCGAGCAUCCGCCGCAGAUCACGGUGACGUUCGUUAACGGCGUGGAGGAAGCUUUCGAUGCAACCUCGACGCCGGCGCACCAUAUUACGAAGAUGAUUCUGGAGAAAGGUCUGUUCCUUGAGACUGAACAGAUGUUCCGUGAAGCCGGUGAGCAAUGGCCGGUUAUCAUUCCCGAGGAAGAACUCUCUCAACACGCACCCGGCACAAAACCUAGGAAAGCCGAGGAGAAGAAGCAAUAG